GCUACAUGUAGGUACAUACCGGGAUACCUAACCUUAAGCCAACUGCAUGCAGGAAAGCUGGAUCCUUAUACUCAUUCAAGUUAAAUUUUAGGCAAGUAUUAAGUAAGUGUCUGUGAGUACCUAGGUAGUGUAUUCACGCCUGCUUACAGCACGAGCGUCGAGGAGCUUAAGCUUCAAUUGAAGAAGCUAUUAGUAGGUAUAUAUAAGGUAAUUUUCAUCUUGCUGUGAUCCCAAAAUAAAUACAAUUCAACAGAUCGAAUUCAGUUUCAUAGGCAUCUUAUCACAACCUUCGCUACCUUGCAGUACAGAAGCUUUAAUCGUAUCACCCUAUACUAGUCACCCUAUAUCAAAAUGUCUUCCUACGUUAUCACUGGUGUUUCCAAGGGGAUUGGUUACGAGUUUGUUCGUCAGCUAUCGCAAGAUCCGAACAAUAUUGUUAUCGGAAUAGUCCGAGACAGGCCCGCCACAGUUAAGAAAAUAUCUGAGGAUACAACGCUGAAAGGACGUUCGAAUAUAUACAUCUUAGAAGCCGAUGUGACCAACCACGAUGCCCUAAAGAGAGCUGCCACCGAGACCGCUGGAAUUACCGGCGGGAGCCUCGACUAUUUAAUCGGAAACGCGGGUUAUAUCUCGCAUUUCGAUGCCUACGAACCACUCGGAGUGCUGGGUAACGAACCCAAAAAGCUCGAGGAUGACUUGGGAAAACUUAUUAACGUCCAUGUCGUGGGAAAUAUUCACCUCAUCAACUCAUUCAUGCCGCUUAUCCUUAAAGGGCAAGCAAAAAAGGUUAUAGUUGUCUCGAGCGGCUUCGGGGAUCUUGAUUUGACGACUAGAUUCGACUUGGACCUCAGUUCCCUCUACUCCAUCAGCAAGGCAGCAUCGAACAUGGCGGUAGCCAAGUUCAGCGCUCAAUAUAAAAGAGACGGCGUCCUUUUCCUGAGCAUUGCCCCAGGAAUGGUAGAAGUAGGCCACUACACGAACUCGACCCCAGAGCAAAUACAAAAGUUGAGUGGGGGUCUUGGGAAGUUCGCCGAGUACGCACCCAAUUUCACUGGUCCGAUAACACCAGAAGUCUCUGUCAAGAUGGUGAGGUCGGUUUGGGAAAAUGCCAGCCUCGAAAAUGGAGAUUCUGGUGCCUUCCUUUCGCAGUAUGGGAAUAAACAAUGGCUAUGAUUUGUUUCAGCCAGAUCUCUAUCUCUUAGAACUAUAGAGUUGUUGGUAGUUGCAGAUUUCUGAUAUUUGACCACUAUCAAUAAUUCAUUUACGACUUAUCAUCGGACUUAUUGAUAAUGAUUUCCUAUCAAAGCCGUGUCAAGUUCACUCCUCUAAAAACUAUACUCAAAUUUUAUAUUAUACGGAUGAGAUUACGACUUCUGUUUUUAUAUACACGGUGCAGUAUUACUUUACGUUAUCUAUCUGCGUUGCCUGUUUACAUUACUUGCCUCCUAUAUAAUUACCUUGUAC